GACAGCCAUAUAUAAAUAAGACCUAUUGGGAUUCAGUUUCGAUGAGAUUUGUGUUGUUUAUCUUUGUCUCUGAUUGAAUCGAUCAUCUAUGGCGCCGAAGAAGAUCCGGUUUAAUCAUAUUGGUACAUAUAAGAAUGGUCACCGGUAUUCUUAUGAGGACCUUCUAAGUAAUCGCAGGAAACGUUCAAGUUUAAUUACCGCUACAGAGGGAUUUUAUGUGGGUAGAUGGAGAGGUCAUCAGUAUUUGCAGCCAAGUAAAUAUCAAUUGUUACGCUAUCCAUUGCAAGAUAGGAGGGUGUUGCCGGCAGCUAAUCUUGCACUGACUUAUCUAGGAGGAGGAGGAGGAGACAGUGUGCAGUUUUGGGUGCAGGAACCUAUCGGGCUGAAGUCACUUGUGCGAGUGAAUGCAACGGCUACACCCAUGUCCCGCACGUAUUUCCUGACAUUAGAGGGCACAGACUUCAACUUCUAUGAAGCUGAAGUUCUAGUUGUGUUCAAGGGAAAGAUGUGUCGUGAUCCACAAAAUAUGAUUGUCAAGUUUGUGAGGCCUGCGAUUUACUACCCAGAAAUCGACCAGGAGUUGCUCAGAGAGUACGAUGCGCCUGACGAGCUGGCAUAUGAGUCUUCAGAAUCUGAUGUAGAACCUGAUCCAUCUUAUUUUGAAGCUCCUAAACCUGUCCCUCCUGAACGUGAACCAACCGAUGAUGAUGAUGAUGAUUUUACAGAUGCUUCAGAUGAGGAGGGGGAGAGGGAUAAGGAUGAUGAUGAUGACGCAUGAUGGUACUAUAUGUGUUUUCGUUGUGCAUUUGGCAUGACAUAAACUACUAUUAUUAUUAAUUAGGAUUAUUAUUACUAUGAUGAAUAUGAAUUCUCGGUUCAAGUAAUGAAUAUAUUAGCUAGCUAGCUAAUAUAUGAUGAUGAUGAA